UGUUACUAUUUCGUUGCAGAUGCGCGCAGCAGGUCGCAGCCGAACGGACCUCAUGAUGAAGUUGCCGACGAGGCGUCUCUGAACUGCUGACAGCCAAGUGCCAGCGCCAGUGCGUGCGUAUCUCAAAGCAACCAACAACAACAACAACAACAACAACCAAGUCGCAGCGCAUUUCCGGCUGGACGCAUCGCACCGCACCGCACCUACCUAGCUAAGUGGACGGCUCCGGCUACCUACGCGUUCGCUCGUCGCUCGUUACUCGUCUCUCUCGAAUCGUCACUCGCCGCUGCCAUUGCCGUUGCAACUGGGCAGCUGCUCACAGUUCUGAUGAAGAGCGCGGUCGCGACGGGCUGCAAAAAUCGAAAUAAAUAAAAUAGAGUGAGUGCCGGGAGCGCUCCGAGGAACAAUAACAAUAACAACGAAACCGUCAAACGAAUAUCGAACAACGAAAUGCAUCAAACCAAUGCUCCGUCGUGAAAAAUCAAAUACAUACACACACCGACAUAUAUAUGUAUAAAUAUAUAUAGAGAUAAAUACGUGAAAAGCAGGGAAACGACAACAAUCCUUUUGCCUUGCGCAAAUAUUUGUGGAAACGUGAUUGCUAUUGACAAAGUGGCGUCCGCAUACGCACUCGAUACUUUCAAUUAGGCACGUUGCUUAUAAAUGUGCCACAAUGGCGCCGCCGUCCAGGACGACGACACCGUCAACGCUGCAACCACCGACGCGUUGUAAAGCCACAGCGACAAUCGCGGCGAGAGCUAAGGCUCUAAUCCUGCCCCUGCCCAUGUCCCAGUCCCUGCCCCGACCCCUGCCCAUGCUCCGGCCCCUGCUACUGCUGCUAAUACUAACUGCUGUCAUGGUCCGAGCUGAACCGUAUUCGAGCGUUUUCGGCAGCUCAGCCAUCGCCAGCGGCGGAUUGGGCUCCGUGGGCAUUCACAUACCCGGCGGCGGAGUGGGUGUCAUCACGGAGGCGCGCUGUCCGCGGGUUUGCUCAUGCAGCGGAUUAACCGUUGACUGCUCGCAUCGUGGAUUAACGCAGGUGCCGCGAAAAAUAUCAGCGGAUGUGGAAAGACUCGAUUUGCAGGGCAACAAUCUAACCGUGAUAUAUGAGACGGAUUUUCAGCGUUUGACCAAACUGCGAAUGCUACAACUGACAGACAAUCAAAUCCAUACUAUAGAGAAGAAUGCAUUGCAAGAUUUGGUUUCACUGGAGCGACUACGCCUAAACAACAAUCGACUUAAGGCAAUACCUGAAAACUUUGUGACAAGUUCAGCGAGUCUUUUGCGAUUGGACAUCUCACACAAUGUCAUCACAACGGUCGGCCGGAGGGUCUUUAAGGGCGCCCAGUCGCUGCGGAGCCUACAGCUAGACAACAAUCAAAUCACAUGUAUGGAUGAGCAUGCCUUCAAGGGAUUGUUGGAGCUGGAAAUACUCACACUGAAUAAUAAUAACUUGACCGCCCUGCCGCACAAUGCCUUCGGGGGAUUGGGAAAAUUGCGGGCCCUGCGCCUCUCGGAUAACCCGUUCGCCUGCGAUUGCCAUUUAUCCUGGCUGUCGCGCUACCUACGCAGCGCGCCGCGACUCGCCCCCUACACGCGCUGCCAAUCGCCGUCGCAACUGAAGGGCCAAAACGUGGCGGACCUGCACGAUCAGGAGUUCAAAUGCUCAGGUCUCACCGAGCAUGCGCCAAUGGAAUGCGGCGUGGAGAACAGCUGCCCCCACCCGUGUCGCUGUGCCGAUGGCAUCGUCGAUUGCCGUGAGAAGAGUCUGACGAGUGUACCCGUUACACUGCCGGAUGAUACCACCGAGCUGCGCUUGGAGCAGAAUUUUAUCACCGAACUGCCAGCAAAAUCUUUCUCCAGCUUUCGGCGACUGCGACGCAUCGAUCUGUCCAACAACAACAUCUCGCGAAUUGCUCACGAUGCGCUUAGUGGCCUAAAGCAGCUAACCACACUCGUGCUGUAUGGCAAUAAAAUAAAGGAUUUGCCCUCGGGCGUAUUCAAAGGACUCAGCUCGCUGCAGCUGCUGCUGCUGAAUGCCAACGAGAUCUCCUGCAUACGCAAGGAUGCCUUCCGCGACCUGCAUAGCCUCAGCUUGCUCUCACUUUACGACAACAACAUACAGUCGCUGGCUAAUGGCACAUUCGACGCCAUGAAGAGCAUCAAAACGGUACAUUUGGCCAAGAAUCCUUUCAUUUGUGACUGCAAUCUGCGCUGGCUGGCCGACUAUUUGCACAAAAAUCCCAUAGAGACAAGUGGAGCACGCUGUGAGUCACCGAAGCGGAUGCAUCGCCGGCGCAUUGAAUCUUUGCGCGAGGAGAAAUUCAAAUGUUCCUGGGAUGAAUUGCGAAUGAAGCUAUCCGGCGAGUGUCGCAUGGACUCGGACUGCCCAUCCAUGUGCCAGUGCGAGGGCACGACGGUCGACUGUGCGGGACGUGGUCUCAAGGAAAUACCACGCGACAUUCCACUGCAUACCACAGAGCUUUUACUCAACGACAACGAGUUGGGACGCAUUAACUCGGAUGGCCUGUUUGGACGAUUGCCGCAUCUGGUUAAACUGGAGCUGAAGCGCAAUCAGCUGACUGGCAUUGAGCCGAACGCCUUUGAGGGUGCAUCGCGCAUACAGGAUUUGCAGUUGGGCGAGAAUAAGAUAAAGGAAAUUUCGAAUAAAAUGUUCCUCGGACUUCAUCAGCUGAAAACUCUCAAUCUUUAUGACAAUCAAAUUUCAUGCGUCAUGCCUGGUUCAUUCGAGCAUCUCAACUCGCUGACGUCUCUGAAUCUAGCAUCGAAUCCAUUCAAUUGUAAUUGUCAUUUGGCCUGGUUCGCCGAGUGGUUGCGUAAAAAAUCGCUGAGCGGCGGUGCGGCACGUUGCGCUGCUCCAGCGAAGGUACGUGACGUGCAAAUCAAGGAUCUGCCGCACAACGAAUUCAAAUGCAGCAGCGACAACAACGAGGGCUGCCUCGGCGAUGGCUAUUGUCCGCCGGCCUGCACGUGCACCGGCACUGUGGUGCGCUGCUCACGCAAUCAACUGAAGGAAAUACCGCGCGGCAUACCGCCCGAGACGUCCGAGCUGUACCUGGAGUCCAAUGAGAUCGAGCAGAUACAUUAUGAGCGCAUCAGGCACUUGCGUGCCCUUACACGACUCGAUCUCAGCAACAAUCAAAUCACCAUACUAUCCAAUUACACCUUCGCCAAUCUAACCAAACUAUCCACGCUCAUCAUUUCGUACAAUAAGCUGCAAUGCCUGCAACGUCAUGCGUUGUCUGGUCUGAAUAAUCUGCGCGUGCUUUCGCUGCACGGCAAUCGGAUAUCCAUGCUACCGGAGGGCUCCUUCGAGGAUCUCAAGUCGUUGACACACAUAGCUUUGGGCAGCAAUCCCCUGUACUGCGACUGCUCGCUGAAGUGGUUCUCGGACUGGAUCAAGCUGGACUAUGUGGAGCCAGGCAUUGCACGCUGCGCCGAGCCGGAGCACAUGAAGGAUAAGCUGAUACUGUCCACGCCCUCGUCGAACUUCGUGUGCCGUGGCAAGGUGCGCAACGAGAUCCUGGCCAAGUGCAAUGCCUGCUACGAGCAGCCCUGCCAGAACAAGGCCCAGUGCCUGGCUCUGCCCCAGCGCGACUACCAGUGCCUCUGCCAGCCGGGUUACCAUGGCAGGCAUUGCGAGUUCAUGAUCGACGCCUGCUACGGCAAUCCCUGCCGCAACAAUGCCACCUGCACGGUGCUGGAGGAGGGGCGCUUUAGUUGCCAGUGCGCGCCGGGCUACACAGGCGCCCGCUGCGAGACGAACAUCGACGACUGCCUGGGCGAAGACAUACGCUGCCAGAACAACGCCACCUGCAUCGACGGCGUACAGUCGUACCGCUGUGAGUGCCAGCCCGGCUUCAGCGGCGAGUGGUGCGAUACGAAGAUUCAAUUCUGCAGCCAGGAGUUCAAUCCCUGCGCGAACGGGGCCAAGUGCUUGGAUCACUUCAGCCACUACAGCUGUGAGUGCAUGGCCGGCUUCCAUGGCAUCAACUGCACGGACAACAUUGAUGACUGCCAGAAUCACAUGUGCCAGAAUGGCGGCACCUGCAUCGAUGGCAUCAACGAUUACGUCUGCAAGUGCCCGGAUGACUUCACGGGCAAAUACUGUGAGGGCCACAACCUAAUUUCCAUGAUGUAUCCGCAGACGUCGCCGUGCCAAAACCACGAGUGCAAGCACGGCGUUUGCUUCCAGCCGAAUGCCGCCGGCUCGGACUACUUGUGCAAGUGCCAUCCGGGCUACACUGGCAAGUGGUGCGAGUACUUGACCAGUAUCAGCUUCGUCCACAACAAUUCGUUCGUGGAGUUGGAGCCGCUGCGCACCAGGCCCGAGGCGAAUGUGACCAUUGUGUUUAGCAGCGCCGAACAGAACGGAAUCCUCAUGUACGACGGCCAGGAUGCGCACUUGGCCGUGGAGCUGUUCAAUGGACGCAUACGCGUUAGCUAUGAUGUCGGCAACUAUCCGGUGUCCACGAUGUACAGCUUCGAAAUGGUCGCUGAUGGCAAAUACCAUGCCGUCGAGCUACUGGCCAUCAAAAAGAACUUCACGCUGCGCGUGGAUCGAGGCCUGGCCCGGUCUAUCAUAAAUGAAGGCUCUAACGAUUAUCUGAAAUUGAGCACGCCUAUGUUCCUGGGCGGUCUGCCGGUUGAGCCCGCCCAGCAGGCUUACAAGAACUGGCAGAUACGCAACUUGACUAGCUUCAAGGGCUGCAUGAAGGAGGUCUGGAUCAAUCACAAGCUCGUGGACUUUGGCAAUGCGCAGCGGCAGCAGAAAAUCACGCCGGGUUGUGCCCUGCUGGAGGGCGACGCCUCUGAGGGUGAGGAAGAUGACGAGCAGGACUUCAUGGACGAGACUCCGCACAUUAAGGAGGAGCCCGUCGAUCCCUGCUCGGAGCACAAGUGUCGUCGCGGCAGUCGCUGUGUGCCCAAUGCCAAUUCCAAGGAUGGCUAUCAAUGCAAAUGCAAGCACGGCCAGCGCGGACGCUAUUGCGAUCAAGGUGAGGGCAUCACAGAGCCCCCAACAAUCACGGCCGCCGCGACGUGUCGCAAGGAGCAGGUGCGCGAGUAUUACACGGAGAACGACUGCCGCUCCAGGCAGCCGCUGAAGUACGCUAAAUGCGUUGGCGGUUGCGGCAAUCAAUGCUGCGCGGCCAAAAUUGUGCGAAGACGCAAGGUGCGCAUGGUAUGCAGCAACAACCGCAAAUAUAUCAAGAACUUGGAUAUUGUGCGCAAGUGCGGGUGCACCAAGAAAUGCUACUGACUGAAAGAUGCGACUACCCCAUUGCUUAUACGAAGCAAUAGCAGCUUAGAUGUUAGUUUAGGAACACAAUUAAACUUAACUUAUAAUAUGAGUAACAACAAUAAUAACAGUAACUUUGAUAAUGAUGAUAACAGUAGUAGAAAUAGUAUCAGUAGCAGUAGCAGUAGUAUUAGCCUUAGUCUUAAGCCGCAUAGCAGUAGAUUUAAUGGCACGGGGCAGCAGCAGCUGGGCGUGGCUGAUGCUGACGAGAAAAAGGAGGCGGCUUCGGCUGCGAUGUAUGGCGAGGAUGACUAUGCCAUGGAGGACAUUGAAGCGGACACGGAACGCAUGCAAGCGGACCUCCACGGCGAGGACGUAGACGACAAUGAUGAUGACGAUGAUGAAGAUAAUGAUGAUGAGUAUGAUGAAGAGCCGGAGCAGUUGCCAGAUCCCAAGAGUCUUAUCUCAGAAGCUGCCCAACAGCAGCCGCAGCCGAGCGACGAAGAAGAAGACAUGGGUUAUGACGAGGACGAUGAGCGUCUAGCCUUGGAGCGACCUCGCACAACGCGUCCGCGUGCCGACGAGGAGCAUUUCUUGAAUGAGGAGGGCAGCGGCGCCGGCGCCGGCGCCGGCUACAAGUCACGCUUCAGGCCAAACAACAGCUACAGGCAACUGCACCUGGAGAAUAUUCGGAAAAAGCUGCUCACGGAGAGUCAGCAGCAGGAGCCGGCUAUAGCGGUGGCCGUGCCGAGCACUGCGAUUGAUCUGCGCGAGAGCAGCGGCCAUUUUGCUAACGAUGAUGAGGAUGGCGAGGAUAACGAUGACGGUGUCGAUGAUGAAUACCCUGACAAUGGCGACAGCGCUGGCUUCUUUGGGUCGCAACGCUCGAAAAGCAACUCCGGCUCGAAUCAUUAUUUCCGCAAGAAUAGUAAUGACGCGAUCAAAAUUAUAUCCACGCCCCUGGGCAAGGUGGGCAUUGUCUAUCAGCAGACGCCCACCAAUGCCGAUGGGGAUCAGCAGCAGCAUCAGCUAGAUGCGAACAAGCAGCUAGAGGAGCAGGCACAGCAGAAGCCAGCGACACAGUUCACAGACUUCGAUGCCUUGUCACCGGAUCCGGAGAGCAGUCAUCGUUUUCCGUCGCCACAUCCAAAAAUAACGCCCGUUCUAACACCCGAUGGCAAGGUGGCGCUGCUUUAUCGUGGUGAUUCGGAGAGCUCCAAGUACGAGCCCAUACGCAAUCUGACGCAUAAGUUCACCAGCUCUAGCUCUGCCAAAUCAGCAUCCGAGCAGGCCAAAGCGAACAGUGAUGAUUCUUCGGACGACUCCUCUGACGAUUCGGUCUACACGGACAGCGAGGAUGAAAGCGCUGGAGACAGACCAGUUCCGGCCUCUGGCUCAGCUGUGACACCCAAGCAUAUGCAGCCCGAAAUACUGGAACCGUCGGCCCAUGCGCCAAACGGUGGCAGCUUCAUAAUACGACCCACCUCUGAUUCACUGCUCCCCAUGAUCAAUCGACCCUUGUCCGAGGUUCUGGGCAUCAAGAAAAAUCAGUUCCAGGAGACGCGUGUGCGCGACCAAUUGCCAAUGCUGGGCGUCACUGACGCAACUCCCCGGUCUCUACUUGCUCAGCCCGCACGACAGGGCGAGCACAAGCCGAGCAGCAACCUACAUUUCCUCACCAAAGUCAAUCUGGCCGAAUAUCCCACAUCCAAGCAGCAGUCGCCGCCACCGCUGGGCCAACUGCCCACAGGGCGUGACUUUGACUUCAGUCUAGAUAAUACCAUGCUAGACGAGAGAUCGCGCGUGCGUGAGCUGGAGCGGCAGCGAGAGCGGGAGCGAGAGCACAAUGAAGCCACCAGCAAAGGCGCCACCGAAGCUCACACAAUUGCCAAUGAACAGCUGCUGUCCAAAACGGAGGUCAUCAACUUGGCCAUAAUACCGCAAUUCGAUGAGGACAUGGAGAGUCUGCAGCGGCUGCACGAGAGCAGUGGGCUGGGCAGCCGACGUCAUCAUCGAACGCGGCAUCGCCACCGGCAAACGGACGAGGAACUGUCCGGCAUUCAUUGCGUCAUGCAGGUCAUGAUGGGCAUCGCUGCCGUAUCCACAGUCUUUGGAAUGCUGGGCACCUUCUUUAAGCAGCGCAUUCUCGAUCAGCUGCGUCUGAUGCACUGGUAGUACAACAAUAGGUAUUCGAUCGGCUUCGAAUACCUUAACGAACCCAACCGGAACCCAAAUCCU